AUGUCCACAUCCACCACCCAGGUAUCUACUCCGCCUGUUUCCGCCACCACAAAUUCUACCACAUCUAUUGCGCCUACACCUGCUGCACUCGCCAUGCCUACCGUCUUUCGUGCAGUGCCCGCUGUUGUGGCUGCUGCACCUGCCAUCCCUUAUGCAGCUGUGUCUGACAUAGCCACAAAGGAUCCUCUUGGUUGCAUCAACAACUGGCUUGGCAGCCUUCCCUCCCCAACUUCUGCAGCUGUGCUUCCUCCCAUGAGUUUGACCACUUCAGCUAGUAGCAAGUGCUCGGCUCAAGAUGCUGAGAUUGACAUUCAUAAAGGCGCAACUGUCAUCUCCCACAGCAAGAGCACUGGUGGAAGCAAUCAAAGCCAAGGUUCCAAAAAAUUCCCACGUAAUACCACUGCCAAUGUGCUCAUUAGCCUGAACAACAGACUUGGCAAGUUCCUCCCCAUCAUGCGGGACUUCAAUACUAAACUAGACAUUGACCUUGGUACGGAAGCUCCCUUUGCUCCUCCUGCUCCUCCUCCCAAAGUCUCUCAGCCAGAAACACCUGUUUCAAACCUGAAACAUGUUCAUCAAAGCCAUGCCAUCUCUGCUGUGUUGAAAAAUAAUCAGUACCUGGGAGUCAAUGAUUCAGUCAAACUGUUUCAAAUUUUUGAGCACAAUAUUGUAGUUGUAGAUACAUAA